ACAUUUUGUCAAAAUGUUUAAAAAAUUUAAGGACAAGCUUGCAGAAGAGAUGAAACAAUCACCUGCUAGGCUGCAAGCAAGCAUGCAGCAAUUAGCACAGGCAGUGGUAUCUCCAGCUUUAUCCAGUAGUUCAAUACAAGAAUUAUCUACAUCAAAUGACAAUUUUAGCUUAACAGAGGAAGGAGAUGAAACUCCUAAAAAUAGUCCUGCCAAACAUGGCUUUCAAAAUGUAGAUUUAAUGUCAUCCACACCAAAUUCAAUAGGUAUUUCUAGGAGAUCAUCAGUUAAUAGUGUUACCAGUGAUACUUCAUCUCUUUUUCCAAUUUAUGAAAGUCCUGCUAAUUUAUAUCACUUGCAAUCUGAUAUGGAUCAGUCUGCCAGUGAGAUAGAUGAAAAUAUAAGUUCACAGUUAGAUAAAAUUACAAAAGAUCAGAUAUAUUCAGCAUAUCGAAAGGUGCAAGCAAAAUAUCAUAAAUAUCGUGGAAGAUACACUGAUUUAGCAACACACUAUAGGGAAUUAGAAAGAGUGAAAGGCAAACUAGAAUCAGUUUUAGUUGAAACGCAAGAUAAAGUAUUAAGAAGGAUUGCAGAUUUAAAAGAACAGUGUCAGCUAGAACAACAGGCAAAAGCUCAUUUAGAAGAAGCAUUAAGAAAUGAUAUUGAAGAAAAGGAUCAUAUAAUAAAUACAUUAAAUACAAAGAUUAAACUUUUGCAAACUAGUAGUGGACCAAAUUCAGAUGUUAUAAUGUCAGGUGCUACAAAUGAAGAUAAAGGAAGUGAAGAAAAUUUAAAGGAUAAUCUUAUUGAUUUAAAUACUGAAUCAUCUGUUAAUUCUACUGAAAAUUCUUUGUUAAUUGAAAAUACGCAACUGAAAGAUAAAUUGAAAAAAUUAGAAAACGUUGUACUUAAAUACAAGGAAUCCUUGAAACGAAAUAAAGAAAAAUUUACUGAAGUAUUAACCGAAAAGAAUACAUUAGAAUCUGAUUAUGAAUCAUUAAAAUACUCUUAUACAGAAAAAGAGAAAGAAUUAAAUAAUGCACAUACAGAAAUCAGAAAUUUAACUGAUCAAAUGAUUAUUUUAAAAAAGCGGGAAGAAGAGUCUGUUAUAUCAUUAGCUGAAAAUAAACUCUCAAUUCACAGAGAAUUAGAAGACAAGGAAGAACAGAUUAAAAAAUUACAAUUGGAGUUGAAACAUAUGACGGAAUCUAAAGAUAACUUAAAUGAAAUUGUGAAUAAAUAUAAAACCGAAUUAGAGAAGUUGAAAUUGUUUCAUAGUACACAAAAUUUAGAUUCAGAAAAGAAAGAAAUUGUUCACGAUGUCUCAAAAGGAAAAUCAGAAACAUUCAAGCUAACACAGCAAGAAACGCAACAAAAGUCAAUUAGUUCGGAAGAUAAAAUGGACGUGAUAGAUCACGAAGAAAACAUAAAAAAAACUCAAAUAGAAGACAGUGAAAUGAAUCAAAGUAUAAAAUCUAAAUUAGAUGAAAGUAAAAGUGAACUUCAAAAACAUACGAUAGAAGAUUUACAGAAACUUAUAGAAGAAUAUCAAAAUAACAAAAUCAAAUUAUCUAUGGAACUAUCGAAUUGCAAGCUUAGAUAUACAGAACUUAAAAAUGAGCAAGAUGCUCACAAAAUUAUUGCAGAAGAAAAGAAAAAGGAAGCUGAUGCAAUGAUUGAGAAGUUACAAGCUACUGUGCAAAGUCUAGAUAAAGAAUUAGAAAACAUGAGAAAUGCUUUAAUGGAUAGAGAUAAGGUGUGUGAAAAUUAUAACGCAAAAGUUAAUGAAUAUAAAAUGAUAGUUGAGGAAACUAAUGAAAAAAUAUUGGCACAAGAUACAGAAAUAAAAACAUUUAAAGAAAAAGAGCAACAAGCUAAUAAAUUAAAGAUUGAGUUAGAAAAUAAAGUUAGAGAAUUAUCAGAAACAUGUAAUGAACUUCAAUCUUGUAAAACUGUAAUGUCGGACCUUAAGAAUAAACUGCAAACAUAUAAUUCUGAUAUCGAUUUACUUCGUGAAGAGAGAAAUAAUUUAAUCAAAAAUAUUUUAAAUUACAAAAUUUCUAUUCAAAACCUAAAAACAAAUAAUAAGCGUAUUAAAAGUGAUGUAACGGAACAUUUAACGCAAUUUAAUAAUGAAAUGUUUGCUCUGAAGAACGUACUUGGUGUAUGUUUGAAAGAGGAAGCUAUUAUUCAAAAUGUUGAGACAGAAGAUUUACAAAUGAAAUUAAAAGAAUUUGAAGAAUUUAAACAGAAAUAUGAUGAACUACAAACAGAACUAAAAGAUACUAUAUGUAUUAAAUCUGACUUACAAGCAAACUUGGAAAAAUAUAAUGAACAGUUAAAGGAGAUGUCGAUAAAUCUUGAACAGCAAAAUGAAGUUGAUGUAAAAAAUCGUAAACUUAUAGCUGAAAUAGAUAAUCUUAAUUUCAAAUUAUAUGAUUUAAGAAAUGUAUCAGAAGAAAUGAAUUCAUUGAAAAUAGAAUCUAAAUCAUUAAAGGAAGAACUUAAUAAUGUUAACACGGUAAAUCAGUUGCUUUCCAAUGAAAUAUCAGAAUUAAAAAUACAAUUUGAGGAAGCCAAUAACAAUAAAAAAGAAUUAGAAGAAACUAUUUCAAUGUUAAAAUCUGAAAGUUCCAACUGUAACAAUAAGUUGGAAAAACAAAUAAAUUCUUUGCAAUCAGAAAUUAUACUUUUGAAAGAAAGUAUGGUUGAAAAAGAUAAACAAGUAAAUACUUUAAAUGAGGAGCUAAGAAGUAAAGAAAGUUUUGUAAACAGUUUAAAGAACGAAUGUGAAAAGCACACAAAAUUAAUUGCAAAAUAUGAAGAUCAAAUUAGUAAACUCAAACAAGGGAAAGAAACACUACAGAAAACAGUACAAUCAAUGCAGGACAAACUGGGCAAGUUAAAAGAUAUUAAACAAAAACAAGGCUUAACAAUACAAGAAUUAAAUGGUGAAAUUAACGAAGUAAAGAUCAUAAAUACUGAAUUAUUAGAAAAAUUAAAAAUAUUAGAAAACGAAAUAAAUGCAUUGAAAUCUGAAAAUGGCCAAAUAAUUACAUUACAAAAUAGUAAUUCAUCUAUAACUUCAGAAUUGGAACAAUUAAAAUCAAUACAUCAUGAAAUUGACCUAGAAAAUAAGAAUUUAAAAGAUGGACAGAAUGAACUUUUAAAACGUAAUCAAGAAUUACAUGAGUCUAAUGAAAAAUUAAUACAAGAAGUUGUGUUUUACGAAAAACGUAACGAGCAAUUGUUAAAUGAUAAUAAACAGUUACAGAUGGAGAUUGAAUCACACAAAAAUAGUUUAAGUGGACAAAAUCAGGAUAUUGAGAAUCUAAAAAGUGAAAUUGAGACAUUGAGUACAGAAUUGGAAUCCAAAACGGAAAAACUGAAUUUACAGUUUGAAGAAUUUCGAUUGUGUAAAAAAGAAGCAGAAGAAAUUAAAGAAUAUUUCACAAAAGAAAAUAAAAAUUUACAGAAUGAAAUCUGUAAAUUAGAUAUUGCUUUGAAAGAUAGAGAAAGUAUAGAAGAAAAAAAUAAAGAACUUCUAGAUGAUGUAGAGUCAUUAAGAAAAGAAAUUAUAAGACUAAAAGCAAUUAAAGAAGAAAAUGAUAAUUUAAAAUUGGAAAUAAAUAAUUUGACUGAAAUGAAAGUUAAUUUAGAAAAAAUGCAGUUACAAUAUAACGAAUUAACUAAUGAAUAUGUGUUUUUAAAAAAUAACAUUGCAGAAUUGGAAGGUGUAAAUUCUGUCAAUAUAAAACUUCAAUCAACUGUAAAUAAUUUAGAAGCUAAGAUUUCUAGUUUAGAGCAAGCAGAAUCUAACAAUAUUGAAUUAAAAACUGAACUUGAUACAUUAAAAACAACAAAUACAGAAGUAUUAUCUCAAAUAAAUAAAAUAAGUGUAGAAAGAGAACAAUUAAUAGCAGAACUUGGAGAAUUAAAACUUACAGUAGAUGAAAAAGUAGCAGAAUUGAAAUUGUUAGAUAAUAAAAAUAUGGAAUUAUUGAAAGAAAUUGAAAGGUUGAAAUCUUUAACAAUGGAAGAUGAAGCAAUAGUAGAAGCAGAAACAUCAAGAAAUACUAUUGAACAUAUGAAAGAAGAAAUUGGUAGAUUGCAUGCAGAAGCUGAAGUUCUUAAAAAAUCAAAUAUUUCACUACAAGAAAAAGUACAAAAUGCAAAUACGAACAAAACUGUAGAUGAUUCCUUUAUCAAAGAAAGUGAUAUGUUACAAGAAGAAAAUAAAAAAUUGGAAGCCCAAUUAGAUGAGGCAUUAAUUACAUUCCAAGCAAAGGAACUACAAAUGCAAAUUAUGAAUAAUGAAUUGAAAAAUCAAGCAGAUAAGCUGAAGGAGGAACUGAAAACAAAUGAAGAAGAGCAGAGUAUGAGAUUAAAACAAUUAGUUAAAGAAUUUCAAGCUCAGUUACAUGACAAAGAGGAAGAGUUACAUGCUGCAUUGGAAAAACGAUUUGAUCGCCAACAAAAUUAUGAAUCAAAUCUUGUUCAGCAAUAUAAAGAACAGUUAAAGGAUUUUCAAGUAGAAUUAACAACGAAAUCUGAGCAAAUUGAAAAUCUAAUUUUAGAAAACAAGAACUUAAUGGCACAAAAAACAAAAGAUAUAAAUCAGUUAAUAGAAAAAGUUACAUCAAUGAAAAAAGAACAUGCAGAUGAAAUGAGAGAAAUUGAAAAGAAAUGGAAAUCAAUUGUGCAACAAAAAACUGACAAACUGGAAGCAAAACACGAAGAAGAAAUUAAUGAAUUAACAAGAGAAUGGCGAAAUGAAAGAAGGCCUGAUGUACAAAAUGAUUUAACUCCCAAGGAAUUAGAGAGUACUUCGCGGGUUGCAAUGGCCGCUGUACAAUCUAAUACAGGCUCUUUUCAUACUCUUCAACAAACAUUAACGGCUCAGAGACGAGAAUUAGCUGAACUUAGAAAAUUAGUGAAAUUAAGACAUGACACGUUAGAAGAUUCAACGGAAAUUGAGUACCUUAGAAAUAUUUUAUUUGAAUAUAUGAUGGGACGAGAAACAAUGGUACUUGCUAGAGUAAUUGCUGCAGUUGUUAAGUUUGAUCAAGAACAAACGGCAAAAAUACUUAAAAAAGAAGAAGAUAAAAUGACAUUGGUAAAGAAAUUUAGUAAAUAUAUGUGCUAUCAUUUUGAAUACUUUAAUCCUAAAUUACUUGUCAUUUCAGCUUGGUUCUUUGGGUCUUACAUAGUAAAAAAUCCUGUAUAUAAUUUAAAACGUGUAAGUACUUUUGUAUAUUAGGUUGUAAGUAUUUUGUAUUUAUUUACGGAGUAUACAUAUUGAAAAAUUGGAUAUUAUUCUGCUAAAAUAACAAGUAAAUUGUAUGUAGAAGAUGCUCAAUGUAAA